ACAGAUUGCCUUUCCAUGGGACUGAAGGAAGGACCCUUCAUCACUGCUUGGAAAAUGGCGUCUGGCAAUUGAAAAUAACUAUGGACACUGAGCUAUGAUACCACCAGAUUUUCCUUUAACUCCCUCGUCUACUCUCCGUAAAAAAGCCAUCAGGACCUCAGUGUCAAAAGAAAGCAAAGAGUACCUCACUGUCCCUCAGGGCCAUCCCUUUAUGCAUGUUGACCAAGUCAACGGGAUAUCAGGACCAACGAAACACAGGAAAACCUGCAAAACUUCUGUGAUUAACAAUUAUCUGGAUGGGGCUCAGUCUGGCGUCUCAGAAAGUCCAUCGCCGUCACCCGGAGGGAUGCAUUUCCGAGACAGCAAGAGGAAAGUGGACUACGUCUUAGUCUACCAUUAUCGAAAACAUCCCUCGGACCACGGUGGGGAUUCUCAAGGCCCCUUACAUAGGCCGGGCUCUUUGGCGAUUAUUUCUAAUGGGGAGACCACCAAAAGCCAGCAGAAACAACAGGAAGGAUCUACUCCAGAAGCCCAGGUCAUUGAUGUCGGUCCACAAGACGCCUUGGAGGUUGCAAAAGAGGAGCAGAGGGAGGAGUUUGAACGCAACCUGGUGGAAGCUGGCUUGGAGUUAGAAAAGGAGGUGGAGGAUAAGAGUCAAGGAUUAAGUUUUGUCCGAAUACACGCACCAUGGAAUGUACUGAGCCGGGAAGCGGAGAUUCUGAAAAUCAAGAUGCCCACUAAAAGAACUUACGAAAUCAAAGAAGAAGGGGGAAUUGUCAAGAAGCUGUCAUCGAUAUGGCAGAAAUGUACAGAACCAUUGCAGCCUAAAGUGCCAGAGCAAAAUACCACUAAGAUGAAGAAUUUAUCUUAUCCCUUUUCCAGAGAAAAAAUAUAUUUGUACAACAUUCAAGAUAAAGAUACGUUUUUUGACAACGGCACCCGCAGUCGAAUCGUACAUGAAAUUUUGAAGCGCACAUAUAUUUCAAAAGCCAAAAACAGCAUGGGUAUUAACACAUUAAUAGCAAAUAAUGUUUAUGAAACAGCUUAUCCUCUACAUGACGGUGAAUAUGUAGGUGAAAGCAAGGACAUGAAUGAAAGGAAGCUAUUAUAUCAAGAGUGGGCACGAUAUGGAGCGUUUUACAAAUUUCAGCCUAUUGACCUCGUAAGAAAGUAUUUUGGAGAAAAAAUCGGAAUGUAUUUUGCCUGGCUGGGGUUAUAUACGGAGUUUCUCAUUCCAUCCUCUGUCGUGGGGAUUAUUGUGUUUAUGUACGGGUGUCUGACCAUUGAAGAAGAUGUACCAAGCAAGGAGAUGUGUGACCAACGUAAUGCCUUCACCAUGUGCCCUUUGUGUGACAAGACAUGUGACUACUGGAACCUCAGCACCGCUUGUGGAACCGCACGUGCCAGCCACUUAUUCGAUAAUCCAGCCACUGUCUUCUUCUCCAUUUUCAUGGCCCUCUGGGCCACAAUGUUUCUUGAAAACUGGAAGCGUUUGCAGAUGAGAUUGAGUUAUUUCUGGAAUCUCACAGGAUUGGAGGAAGAAGAAGAACAUCCCAGGCCAGAAUACGAAACAAGAUUAUUACAGAAGAAAGCCAGAACUGAAAAUACCAGAAUCGUGACUCAAGAUGAGGAGGAAGAGGAAAAACUCACCUGGAGAGACCGCACACCUGGCUACCUGGUGAACUGUGCUUCCAUCUUGUUCAUGAUUUCACUGACUUUUUCCAUCGUCUUUGGUGUGAUCGCAUACCGGAUAACCUUAGCGGCCGCGCUCUCCAUGAGCACCAAUGGGUCAUCCAAGUCCAACGUGCGAGUCACAGUGACAGCGACAGCAGUCAUCAUAAACCUCGUGGUGAUUCUAAUCCUGGAUGAGAUUUACGGAGUUGUUGCCAAAAAAUUGACCGAAAUGGAGGUACCCAAAACAGAAAAAACGUUUGAGGAGAGGUUAAUUCUGAAGGCUUUCCUGCUGAAAUUUGUAAAUUCUUAUGCACCCAUUUUUUACGUGGCUUUUUUUAAGGGAAGGUUUGUGGGACGCCCUGGCCAGUACGUCUACAUGUUUGCUGGUUACCGAAUGGAAGAGUGUGCCCCUGGAGGAUGCCUGAUGGAACUUUGCAUCCAGCUCAGCAUUAUCAUGUUGGGGAAACAGCUGAUUCAGAACAAUAUCUUUGAAAUAGGCGUCCCGAAAUUAAAGAAACUGUUCCGUAAGCUAAAAGAUGAGAGGCCCGAGAAGAAGGAAAGCCAUUCGGAUCCAUCUAAGCAACCUCAGCAAUGGGAGCUGGAUUACGUCUUGGAACCGUUCACCGGGCUGACCCCGGAAUACAUGGAAAUGAUCAUUCAAUUCGGCUUCGUGACUCUCUUUGUGGCCUCCUUUCCUCUGGCUCCGGUGUUUGCCUUGUUGAAUAACGUCAUUGAAGUUCGACUUGAUGCCAAAAAGUUUGUGGCUGAACUAAGAAGGCCCGAUACUGUGAGAGCAAAGGAUAUAGGAAUCUGGUUCAAUAUUUUGAGUGGCAUCGGAAAGUUUUCAGUCAUAAUUAAUGCCUUUGUCAUUUCAGUCACUUCGGAUUUUAUUCCACGCCUUGUCUACCAAUAUGUGUAUAGUCACAACGGGACCAUGCACGGCUUCAUCAAUCACACCCUGUCAUACUUCAACGUCAGUGACUUUAAGGCUGGAACCCAGCCAGAAAACUCACCAUUUGAAGAGGAGGUUUCAUUCUGCAGGUUUAAGGAUUACAGAGAACCACCGUGGGCGGAAAGCCCAUAUGAAUUCUCUAAGCAGUAUUGGUCUGUUUUGUCUGCCCGUCUGGCAUUCGUCAUUAUCUUUCAGAACCUUGUGAUGUUCCUGAGCGUGCUUGUGGACUGGCUCAUCCCAGACAUCCCCAAGGACAUCAGUGAGCAGAUCAAGAAGGAGAAGAGCUUGCUGGUGGAUUUCUUUCUGAAGGAAGAGCACGAGAAACUGAAGCUGAUAGAAAACUUUAUCACCCAGGACAAACAAAGGAGUUGGAGUGAGAGGAAAAGGAAGAGGAGUCGGGCGGCCAGUUUCUCCCAGUUCUACCGAAGCCGCCGGGGGAGUUUUACAUCUCUUAGUUCAAGGCACAGCGAUGUAUGAUUCGUAUCUGAACCACCCGGAGCCUGCCUGCUUGCCUACUCAUUGGGUUCCUCCAAGGAACGAUGAGAGCUGUAGUAACAGAAAGGGAGUUCAGGGGUCUUUUAGCGGAUGAUCCUCACUGCUCACCCGUGGAAGUGGGGGACAACUGUGCUUGCUAUAAAGGCACUUAGUAGAGCUACGCCCCGAGAGAACGAACACGAUUCCUUAGGAACGAAAUCUCAUCAUCGUCUUACCUGUCACACGAUCUCACCUGGGUGAGACCCGAAAGAGAUCUAGAACAGCUGCACCCGCACUAGGUUACAAACAACCUGCGCUUUUGAAUCAGUUUAAGUCCCCGCUGCUCCCAAACUGUAAAGACUUACCUGUUUGGGUGGGAACGCCGAUGCAAGUGGGUCCCUCGUUUCCGCGGUUCUAAAAUUGCUGUAGGUUCCUCAACGUGAAAAUUGCUUCGCUAAAGUUGUGACGUAGACGUGGAGCCCAACUCCCCAAGCUUGUCUGCUGUUGGCAGGGUUGUCGUUUUAAAAUUCACUUGGGUGUCUCCGGCUUGCCUUCUCUCUCUCUCUCGGAUCAUGGAACAUUUUCCACCUACCCACUAGCCUGAGCUUGGUUGCUCAGCGGGAUGAAAAGAGACACAGUUGCCGAAAGGAGUGGAAGGAUUUUUGGGUUGGGUUUUGUUACUUUGGUGGCUUCAUAGCCUUCUAAAAUGUCAUGGUGGUGUGGGAGGGAGAGAAAAUACGAGAUUCAUCAGUGAGUGGUUUGGAAUGACCUUUGCUAUUAGAUGACCACUAACUGGCCCCAUCAGAACACCUUAAGGGUCCAGUGAGAACAUUUGAGAGCAUAGAAGACAAAUGAAUAGACUACACUACACUACACUACACUACACUAGACUAGACUAGACUAGACUAGAAUAGAAUAGAAUAGAAUAGAAUAGAAUAGAAUAGAAUAGAAUAGAAUAGAAUAGAAAAUAUGGAAUGGAAUGGAAUGGAAUGGAAUGGAAUGGAAUGGAAUGGAAUGGAAAAUAUGGAAUAGGAUGGCAUGGCAUGGAACAGAAUGGAAUGGAACGGAAUGGAAUGGGAAAAGAAUGGAAUGGAGUGAAGUGAAGUGGAGUGGAAUGGAAUGGAACGGAACGGAACGGAACGGAACAGAACAGAACAGA